GGGCUCCAGACUGCGGCGCCCGAGGGCCAGUCGGGACGCACACGGCGCGACUGCAGCACGCCUCCCCUCCACCGCGCGACGCGCGAACACCGCUUAUCUCUUAUCAUAAUAAAAAUGAUACAUCAAAUUACCUCACUAGUACUCAGAUAAUGAACACUCCAGCAGUGAUAAUAACGCCUUCAGUACCGAUUUGAUUCGAUUUUACGAUACUCAUUUUCGGAAGAUUUUCCUAUUUUGUUACUUUCCUGAAACGAGUAUGAGCGCGUGCAUAGAACUUUAGAUGCAAAGUGACAAAGUUUCUGUGACUGUAUUCGUGUGAUGCUAAAAAUGAAACCGAUAUUGUUAGCGGUGACCUGCACGUUGGUGUUCAUGAGUAUCGAGUGUACUCCCUGCUCCAGGGUGCAGAGCGUGGACAUAACUGAUGGAGUGAAGUACGAGAACUCUUCUAUUGUAUACGAUGGGACAGAGUAUAAGUCCGGUACGUGGUAUGAGCUGGAGGAGAACGGCACGGCCCUCGUGUUAGGGUGUCCCUGUAUUGGAAGGAAGUGUUUGCAUCGAUGUUGCAGUCCCGGGAGUGCGUUUGUGCAGGGGCAGUGUGCGGAGACUGACGCGAGUGCUAUAAACCCUUUCAACCCGCCCGUGUACAACGGGAAGGUGGUGUCGAGCGUGCAGGCGCAUCAGCACUUCUUCUACCUGUACCAGCGACCCUGCAUCGACAGCUACUUGGUGGACUCGGCCGCAGCUGGCGAAGAGCUUUAUAUUCAACAGAAUGGCACACUGUUCGAGGUAUCUACAGGAGGACCAAUAUGGCAUGACCCCGGCUCCUACUGCGUGGAAAUGUAUUUCAACGAGAACAGUUCCGAAGCUGGCCGGCUGGUCGCUGGCGUCUGUUUUGAAGAUGUGGUCACGGAUGACAGCCCUGUACUCUACACCGCGUAUGCUGUUGGUUUAAUUCUGUCAGUACCGUUUCUGCUGGCAACAUUCCUGAUCUAUGCAUUUAUUCCUGAGCUGCGGAACCUGCACGGCAUGUGUCUGAUGGCGUACUGCGGCGGUCUGAUCGUGGCCUACCCGUUCCUGGCUUACCUCAAGCUCCAUGUUGGCAGAGUUGGAGUCGCAAUGACAGGCUGCUUAGUCGUUGCGUUCAUCGUUUACUACGCAUUCCAAACGAGUUUCUUCUGGCUCAACGUCAUGUGUUUCGAUAUAUGGAGGACUUUCAGGCGUGGUGGAUUCAUACGAAUACUUUCAUUCAAUUACUCAGUAGAGGUCAGUCAACUUAGUUAUAAAGGAAGUGUAAAGACAGCUGAAGUUGGGACUUUAGCUCAACAGUCGCAAAGUGGCUAUCGGGGAGGCAGUACCAACAAGCGGCGGGAGAGAAGAAGGUUCCUUCUGUACGGCCUGUACGCGUGGGGAGUACCUCUCGUCCUCACUGGACUCACGGCGGCCAUGCAGUUCAGUGACCUGCCCAACCACAUCAUCAAACCUGGAUUUGGGACUAAACGAUGCUGGUUUGUUGACUGGGUGAGCGAUCUGGUGUACUUCUUCACUCCGGUCUUGGUACUAGUCGUGUGCAACGUGACAUUUUUCGCCGUGACUGCCCACCGCAUUCGCUCCAUCAGACAAGAGACAGCCAUCUUGAAAGGCGCCGAGUCCUCGCGCAGUGACAAGCUUAAGAAAGAUAAACAGAGAUACGGCCUCUAUCUAAAGCUGUUCAUGGUGAUGGGAGUGAACUGGUCAGUGGAGCUGAUCAGCUUCGCAGUAGGCGGCUCCAACUGGUACUGGAUCGUCACUGAUAUAUCCAACAUAGGGCUUGGUGUCUUUGUCUUCUUCAUUUUCGUGUGGAAGAAGAAAGUGCGCAACUUGGUGCAGAAGAGAUUCCGCAACAUAUUCGGUCUGGAGUCGACGGAGAGCGACACACGAGCGGGCAAGUGGAACACAACCAGCACAGCGCCGACAGAAGACACGCGCAUAUCGUCAGACGACUCAGCACUGCGUCUCAAAGAUAUGCACUAAGUUUAUUAUUCCAGAACAUGACAUCAUGCUAGCACCAAAGAAUUCUCAUGAACACACGGAUGCAUCACAUUACAAAAUCGCUAGUCAAUUCAUUGAAAAUUAUAUUCACAAUGUAGUACAACGCUCUAGAUGUGUAAUUAAUAAGAUUUAAUUAGGUUUAAUAGUAAUUAAGUACUUUAAUUUAAUAUAUCUUCUUAAUAAAAAGUUAUAAUUGCUA